AGAAAAAGAAAAACCAGAUCAAAGACAGAAAAAAUGUAACAAAGGCAACAGUGGAAAAUUCCAGCCUGCCGGGCUGGCUCUCCCACCCUCCCUCUUCUCCACCUUUCCGCAUCGUGUCAAAGAAAGCCAUGCGCCCAUGCGGCGAAACCAGAGCUAAUUUAUCAUCAAGAGAGCGCGCAAAAGAAACAACCACCCCCCCCCCCCCCCAAGAAGUUGCCGGGCCCGCCUUUUGCCUGCUCUCUGGGGGUCUUUUGUGUCCGACGAAACCGAGCGACAUCCGGCGACGUUGCGAAAGACGGCAAAUAUGCCUACAGGACAAUCAAGGUAAUUCCAUGGUUUCAGUGGUGCUUGACUCUGGUCAAAUGGCGUCCUUGGGCCACGCCAUGCAGACAUUGGACGUUUGUAGCCCUUGCAUACGGGUAUUCACAAGAGAGGCACUUCGGCCUACUAUGACCCACGAAAACCAAGGUCGGCCAGCCCGUGUUGCACCACGACCGUCGUCCUCGCAGGCUUCACUCAUGCAUGUAUGCACAUCCUUCCAUCAUCAUCAUCAUCAUUUGGGCCGUAGAACGUGCGCCGUGCCAAGAAAAGAAAUAUAUUGAGAUUUUAAUGAAAGGGGCUUUCUACAGCUCCAAAUAAACGUCUCUCGACUUGAUCGAGAUGACCCUACGACCGAGCGUUAACUUGCAUGCAAGAUGUGCGGAUAAGCGAACGCCAAAGGGAGGUUGCGUGGCCAGGAGGAGUGCUCUAUGUAUCGCUCAGACGCAU